AUGGAGCUCGAGGAAGAAGACCUCAUGGCGGCGCAAGCCACGCGCAUUAAAGGCGCCGCGCAGCCAGGCGAAGCUGGGGAAGAAGAGGAAGAAGAGGCCGAGGCAGAGACGCCAGAGGACGCGACCGCCAAGGCGCAGCGAAUCGCCCGCGCGGAACAGAUGUCCCAGCUGUCCAAAGAAGUCUGGGGCGGGUCGGCCGCGUCCCGCGAGGGCGACCCGAACUUCGCCCAACACUACGCCGACAUGGCGGCCAAGCCGGCCGUGGAAGACCACGACGAGCUAGAGGAGGCGGCCAAGGCCUCCCGUGCCAAGGGGGAGAAAGCCAGCAAGGGAGGCCAGCUCGGGUGGCUGGAAGCCAAGCGGCCCAACCUGAACGCCAAGCAACAAGAAGUCCUGGCGCUAGUCGUGGAGCGGGCGGCCUGGCCAGCGGGAGCGCAUUUGCAGCUGGAGGCUUGA